AUGGCGACCGGAUUUGAUCGCCUCGAGAGGCUAUUCAGCAUCAAGCGCAAACCUUCAUUUGCCUCUGUUUCGGUUGCUACUUCUAUCAGCACCCCGACAGAACCCCAGUUCCCCUCUCCUUCUUUCAUUCGCCCGACAGCCACUCGCAUGGCAGCUCGAGAGGAAGUGCGAUUGCGAAUAGCGACAGGGCGAUCCCCCUCAGCCCCAGAUGUCACUCCUUCUCGACUAGGCUCACUGAGUUCCCAUGCCUCCAGUCCAGGCUUCAGUCACUCGCCUACCCGAUCGCCUUCCCUCCUUGGCCCUCACCCACAGGCAGACUCUCUAGUGGCGAAGCUUCGCGAAUAUCAAUUUCCUAAGUCGCCGAGCCCAGAGGAGAAGGCGGCACCAAUGUCCACGGCGUUAGAGAUACGCGAGAUCCCAAGUCCUCGUUCUCAGUCUCCGCUCCGUCUACGGGCUACACCACGUCUUGACACCCCUCCAUCUCCUGACCUGGAAGACAUCGACUCCUGCCGCCGCUCGUUUGAGAGCAUCAGAGUCCCAACAACUUCCUAUGAUAGUCCGCCAACUCCUGAAUAUUCGCCCGAGAUUCUACCCGUGCGCAACGCGCGCAACCUGCUUGCCGAUUCCAAAAUCUUCGACAUUGCGAUCGAUAAGGCUCUCUUUGAGGAAAUUGAAGAUCAGUUUCUUCAGACUUUUGAUUAUCCAUCUUUGAACGAUUCAUUCAGCGACUCGUCCCCCUCUGAAGCAUCAUCCAAUAGCUCUACCUUGCGGGAGCCUGACUUCAACGAGUUUCUGAAUCUGAGCGAUGACGAUAUUGCUGAAUUGGCGCCUGAUAAUCUAGACGUUGAAUCUGAUAGCGGCACGCAACUGCACUCUCCGCUCCCAAUGGACACCUCUCCCCCUUCGCCUAAGCCUUCUCCCCUCCUGACACUAACGCCUCCUCCUAUCAGCCGGCCUGCUACUGCCGCUGCUUUCGAGGCCGCUAGAAUUGCAAAGAGAUAUGAUUUCGACCUUGUCUAUGUGGUAAAUCUUUGGCCAGGCGGACCGCGUGGCCAAGUUUUCGACCUCGAGUCUGCGAGUUCUUGCAAGAGGCCCUUAGUUGGUCGACUGUUGGCAGCGCAUGGCCUUGAUCAAGUCCCAUCGCCACUACAAAUUUCCCCGGAGGCUCAUGCUACCAUGUUGCGGUCCAAGGGCUGGGUCGAAUACAAAAACACAGAAGCGCAGUUGCACGAAAUCGCGCGUGGCUACGCAUGCUCCUUCUACUCGGGCAAAUUUUCUCAAAGUUCUUCACGCGAUCGAGACAGCCCAGUUUCAGGAGUUCGACUAUCAGAGAUGAUUGAUCGAGGCAUCGUGUUUGCAGCAUAUAGAAAGCCUAGAAUUGGCCCAUGCAGACUGGGGCACAGCUUUACUGGGCAGGAUCUCAGUUCUCUAUACGGAGAUGCAGAGACGUUGGUGGAGAUGCUGAUUGAUAUCCAUACCCGCAACCGUCAAUACCAGCCUGAUUCCAACAGCCAGCUCUGCGAUGAGACUGGCCCCCUGCCUACGCAAGAACUCGACCAGUCGUCUCUCUAA